UCCAACAACAAUCUGCCCUGACGUCAUCAGAGGCCAUUGAUUCGUCGAAUUCCUUUGUAUUUCAGCAACUGACUUCUAAUCCAUCUCAAUCUUUAGCGAUCAAACUUCAUAUAAAAGCUGGAAUAAGCAUCUUUGUUAAGAAGAAACCUUUAUUAGCUUGUAUGACUACCGAUAGUAUCCAGAACUUAAAAGGGGGAUACGAUCCUUUUGCUGAUACCGGAGAAGAUGAGGUUGGUAAUAAUAAAGUGCAAGAAGGAUUAAUCCACAUACGAAUUCAACAAAGAAACGGUAGAAAAACACUUACCACAGUCCAGGGCAUUAAUCCAAAAUACGACCUCAAAAGGAUUGUAAAAGCUUGUAAACGUGAAUUUGCUUGCAAUGGAACAGUAGUUGAUCACGCAGAAUACGGCGAGUGUAUCCAGCUACAAGGAGAUCAAAGAGAUCAAAUUAAGAAGUUUAUUGCCGAUGUUGGCCUAGCCCGACCAGAAUUGAUCAAGGUCCAUGGUUUCUAAAGUCUAAUAAAUCUUGACUUAAUAAUUCAAAAUGUCCUAUAAUAAUAGUUUGUGGUCGUAACCAUGUAUAUAUAUUUUGUGGAUGUUUAUGUGUUAUAAAUAUUGUUUACUUUCACCACUAGUAUUGUGUAGUUAUAUUUAAGCAUUCUAUUGGCAAUAAUUUUAAAUAAACAAUGUACCAUCUUAUAUAAUUCUGAUGAUUUUUUCUUUCCUUCAUUUAUUAAAUUUAUCCUUUGUCAAAAUUCUAAAUACAAUGCAUUUUAAAAAACAGUAAUUUGAUUUAAUUAUGUUAUAUAGGAAUAUAAAUAAUUCAUUGCAUAGAAUAAGUAGCUUCAUAACAUAUAUUAUCAUCCGUGAUGUCUCAUGAGAUGACAAUAACAGUUGUUACAUACUCUGUGUAUAUUUGUAAAUUAUGUCAGUUUUAGUAUUUUGUAUUUGUAUGUCCUCUUUAAAUAAAAUUUUUAUUAAAACAAAAUAA